GAUUACAGGAAACAUUAUGCACAGGCAUUCAUAAACUCCUGAAGCAUUUUUCACAGCUGCAAGGACAUCAUGAAAAUGAAGAUUGCUACAAGAGUUGUUGUGUUAGUUAUUGGUGUUAUAGUUUUCAGUCUAGUCUACAUGUCACUUAGACAAGAAAAAGUUAAUGACAAAAGGUUACAAAAGCCAGAAGAUCUUGAGGUUCUUAGAAGACUGAAGAGAAUAGAAGAUCAAGUUUAUAAAAUAGCUAAAUUCAUAGAUGUCAAAAAUCAGCAAGUCAAAGAGCCUGUUGUGGAGCAGAAAAUUACAAAGAAAAUUGAGGUUAAGAAGUUGUAUCCAAAGUCGCCUCUAUUCCGUUCAUGGGGAGCUGAACUCACAGAAGAGGAACAGAUGGAAGCACAGAGACAGUUUCAGGAUUAUGGAUACAAUGUGUUCCUCAGUAACAGAUUACCAGUGAACAGAACAAUCCCUGAUACUCGAGACCACAGAUGUGCUGUGAAGAUCUACCCUAAGGACCUGCCGUCUAUUAGUGUGAUUCUGAUUUAUUUAAACGAGGCUCUGUCGAUCAUUAAAAGGGCAAUCCGCAGCAUCAUUGACAAAACACCUGCUCAUCUGCUAACAGAAAUCAUCCUGGUGGACGACUACAGCUUGAAUGAGGAUCUGCAGUUGCCUCUAGAUGAAUACAUUGGUCUAAUUAAUAAAGACAAACCUGGCUUAAUCAAGAAAGUGAGACACAAAAGGCAGAUGGGCCUUGCCAAGGCAAGAAUAUCAGGCUGGGAAGCGGCCACAGGCCAGGUGGUGGCUAUUCUGGAUGCCCACAUUGAGGUUCACAAGGAAUGGGCAGAGCCACUGCUUGCAAGAAUCAAAGCAGACAGAACAAUAGUGCUGUCGCCAGUGUUUGACAAAGUGCUUUUUGACACACUGGAGGUUGUUAAGUAUGGUCCUGCUGCUCAUGCGUUUGACUGGAACCUUUGGUGCAUGUACGAAUAUUUCCGGCCAGAAUGGUACAAACUUAACGACCCAUCAGAACCAGGGAAAAGUCCCUCAGUCAUGGGUAUCCUUGUCGCUGAUCGUCAAUUCCUGGGAGAAAUUGGAAUUUUGGAUGAAGGAAUGACAAUUUAUGGGGGUGAAAAUGUUGAACUAGGAAUACGUGUCUGGCUCUGUGGUGGGAGUAUUGAAGUGGUGCCAUGUUCAAAGAUUGCUCACAUUGAAAGAGCACAUAAGCCUUAUUCACCAGAUCUCAGCAAAGCCAUGAUUCGAAAUGCUCUGAGAGUGGCUGAAAUCUGGAUGGAUGAAUAUAAAUCUAAUGUGAAUAUUGCCUGGAAUCUUCCUCUAAAGGAUCAUGGGAUUGAUAUUGGUGAUGUGACUGAAAGAAAACAGUUACGAGAGAAACUCAAAUGUAAGCCUUUCAAAUGGUAUCUGGAAAAUGUUUAUCCUCAGCUAGAAAGCUGGGAAGAUAUAAUGGGUUAUGGUGCGUUGAAGAAUGAUUUUCAAGAUUACUGUAUUGAUCAAGGACCUGUUCCUGGAAGUGUACCUAUUCUGUUUGGGUGUCAUUACUAUAAGCCUCAGUAUUGUUACUACAAUCGUAAUGGAGAGAUCUACAUUGGAGGCAUCAAAUCUCACAAGUAUAACUCCAACCGUUGUCUAACGGAUUCCGGUAGUGGAAGCACACCAGGGUUACAUGACUGUAAAAAAGCCAAGGAGAAAGGACUGAGUAUUUACUGGGACUUCACUCAGGGAAAUGCAAUAAGAAAUAGAAAAACAAAACGAUGUCUUGAGAUCGGCCAAGGACAGGAUUCCUACUAUCAUCUCAUUUUGCAAACAUGCACAGGACAAAAUUGGACAAUACAACAUGUCAUCAAAGACUUUUAAAAGGAACUUUAACCGAAGUGAAAACAUUGUAAAACGAAUCAGUGUAAAAGAAACUGCAAAACAAACUGUGUUUAAAACUUUGAAUGUUAUACUCUUACUGUGAGGUCUAUGUCCUGUAACAAAUACCUUUUUAAUUUACGUUUCAAAAUCACAUUUUUGAAGUAUCAUCAAUUCAAAAUGUUGCUAAACAGUUACCUCAAAGACUGAUAAAACUAUUACAAUAUACAACACUGUGUUACAAAUGUCAGAUAAUAUAUAUAUAUAUAAACUUUUGAACGUUUUAAAACGCUUAACAUGAAAAAGCUUAACGUUGCUUAAUUUACUAAGACAGUGUUAUUAACAAACCAGUUAGUAAACACCAUACUAAUAAAGCAUACUAUGUACAGAAAAGCAGAUGAGCCCAUAAUAAUAUGAAUGCAACAUGUUUAAUUAAGCAUUUUUCUAAGCAUUUGUUUGUAUACAAGAAACCUGUCUAUAUGCAAAACUGGAAAACUGAAGAAUUUGCUGGACCUGGAGGAUUUUUCUGAAGAACAGAGCACAGUUUAACAAGCAGCACUGUAUAUAUAUAUAUAUAUAUUACAGUGUGAUAAAACCAAAUAUGAUAGGCCUAUAAAGAUUUAAAACAUACUGUAUCGGUGGAAUUUAUAGCGACUAGUGAGCAAAGGUUUAUGGACUUGCAGUAAUAAAAAAGGUCACAGGGUUAAAGCAGAAGUUUUGAACUGUGUUUCAUCACCUGUAUAAGUUCAAAUCUAUAAUAGAAAUGGUGUGUGUGGUUUGUUUUAUUUCAGCCAUUCCGUUUAACCCCUUCAGACCUGAAUUAUGUUCCACUGAGCAAACAUUUUUAUCCACUUGAUAUUUGCUCUUCUUUAAUGUAUAAAUGAGUCCAAAAAAAAAAGAUUUGUGCAAACAAAUUUUUUUAUUAGAUUUUUUUCAUGUCCACUACAAUGGACAUCAGAGCUGAAGCAACAAAAAAUUGUCAUAUUUUAACCAUACUUGAUAGAGUUCUAGAGUUCAAACACAAUAUGUGAACUAUAGCAUUGAAAAUUUUGAAAAUAACACAUGCUGUAACAAAAGAGCAAUAAGAAUGUAGAGAAAAUGUAAGAUGAUAAGAUGAAUUCUCAAAAAACUUGUUUUAUUAUUUUUGUUUGCAGUGUGAAUAUAUGGGAAUAUGUGUGUGUGUACUUGCUGG